GUCAGUUUGAUUUCAGCUGCACUGAAGGAGGAUUUCACAGGCUGUGUGUGUGUGCGUGUGUAUGUGUGGGGAUCAAAGGAGCAAAUUGGGCAAUUUUCUUGUUUUUCACACCUUGUCUAGCCUGCCUGUACACCUCCCAUCGAGGAUUUCAUUUCAUUUUUUUGGUUUUCUGUGUGUGUUUGUAAUUGACCCCUGAGCCACCCCCCCCCCGCCCCCCCGCCGCCCCUUCCCCUUGCCUGGCUGCACUCAUCAUCCUUACAGCCGACCUGGGCGCGGGGCGCGGUGGGGGCUGCGCGGCGCGCCUCGGCUGAGAUUCGUAACCCGACAUGAGCGCGCAGACAGCCGGCAGCGGGGCUCUUCGGUCGCCGUCGGCCCGGUGGAUCUUUAAGGGCCGGAUGGUGUGCUUGUGGCUGGCCCUGCUGGGGCUGGCGGUGGGCUCCGGGGACCCGUGGCUGCCCACCGAGGCAUGCCAGUCCUCCUGCGCCUGCACCAACACCAGAAUCUCCUGCGUGGACCCGGAGAGGGGCAUCGGCGCCUUCCCCAUCCUGCAGAGCGAGGCUGAGAUGGAGAACAUCACAGACAUCUACAUCGCCAACCAGAGCAGCUUCUCGUCCAUCAACGACAAGGACCUGCACGACUACAAGAACCUCAGAAACCUAACGGUGACCAACAGCAGGCUGACGUACGUCUCCAAGUUGGCCUUUCAGAACAACGUCAAAUUACAAUACCUGAAUCUGAAAGAUAACAACCUGUCAUCGCUGUCCUGGACCUUAUUCCGACACCUCAACAUCUCUUACAUGAUCCUGACGGGAAACCCACUGCACUGUUCCUGUGAGAACAUGUGGAUCAAGCUGUGGCUGGGAGAGGAGGCGGACACCCAGGAGCUGCGCUGCAUCGAGGACGGCGGAGGACGCAGCCCGCUGUCCAGACUUAGACUCUCCAACUGUGAGCUUCCCAUGGCGACGCUGAUGUCGUCCAAAGUGACCGUCAUGGAGGGCGAGAACAUGCAGCUGUCCUGCGCCACCUCGGGUGUGCCUUCGCCCGACCUCAUCUGGAACACGGCGCUCGUCACCAGCUAUGAGAUCGAGAGAUCGGGCCAGAGCUCUGUGCUACACUUGUCCAACUUGUCAUCGUUGGACCAUAACAGCAAGAUCAGCUGCACUGCAGAGAACAUCGUCGGCGAGAAAGAGGCCUCGCUGCUGUUGGACAUACUGUUUCCUCCCAAUAUCACCAAGUUGAGUGACGCUAUCCCGGACCACCACUGGUGCAUCCCCUUUAGUGUGGCAGGCAACCCAGAACCUCAGAUGCAGUGGUUUCUGAACGACAAAGCAGUGACCGAGGACAAAUUCAUCAAGACCAUGAUCUAUGACGUGACGGAGCGCGAGUAUCACGGCUGUCUGCAGCUGGACAGCCCCACGCACCUCAACAACGGCCUCUACACGCUUGUGGCCAAGAACGAGUACGGAACAGACCGGAAGCGGGUCGAGGCCCACUUCAUGCGCAAACCCUGGGACGGUGAGGAGUCACACUUGACAGGAACUGAGAAAGAAUCCUACUACUACGAUGGCCCCACUGCGGACCCACCAGAGGACAGAGUCGCCGUGUACGUGGUGGUGGGGAUUGCCGCCGUUGCCUUCUUCGGUUUCCUGAUUAUGUUGGCCAUCCUCAAGUUCGGGGGCAACUCCAAGUUCGGCAUCAAAGGGCCGUCCUCGGUCAUCAGCAACGACGACGACUCUGCCUCGCCGCUCCACCACGUCUCCAACGGCAGCAACACGCCGUCGUCCUCCGAGAUGGGUCCCGACGCCGUCAUCAUUGGCAUGACCAAAAUCCCGGUCAUCGAGAACCCUCAGUACUUCAGGAGCUCAAACAGCUUGCUCAAGACAGACACCUUUGUCCAGCACAUCAAGAGACACAACAUCGUGCUGAAGAGGGAGCUGGGAGAGGGCGCCUUCGGCAAAGUCUUCCUCGCCGAAUGUUACAACCUGUCACCUGACCAGGAGAAGAUUCUGGUGGCAGUCAAGACUCUUAAAGAGGCCAGCGAAAAUGCCCGGAAGGACUUCCACCGUGAGGCCGAGCUGCUGACCAACCUUCAGCACCAGCACAUCGUCACCUUCUACGGCGUGUGCGUGGAGAGCGACCCCCUCAUCAUGGUGUUCGAGUACAUGAAACACGGAGACCUCAAUAAGUUCCUCAGGGCUCACGGUCCGGAUGCGGUUCUCAUGGCAGAAGGCCAGACCACCAGACCGGUGGAGCUGACACAGUCGCAGAUGCUGCACAUCGCUCAGCAGAUCGCGUCUGGAAUGGUCUACUUGGCGUCACAGCACUUUGUGCACCGCGACUUGGCCACCAGGAAUUGCCUGGUGGGUGAGAAUCUGCUGGUGAAAAUCGGAGACUUUGGCAUGUCCAGAGACGUCUACAGCACUGACUACUACAGGGUGGGAGGUCACACCAUGUUGCCAAUCCGCUGGAUGCCCCCCGAGAGCAUCAUGUACAGGAAGUUCACCACAGAGAGUGACGUCUGGAGUCUGGGUGUGGUCCUCUGGGAGAUCUUCACCUACGGCAAACAGCCCUGGUACCAGCUCUCCAAUAACGAGGUGAUCGAGUGCAUCACUCAGGGCAGGGUGCUGCAGCGCCCCAGGACCUGCCCCAAAGAGGUGUACGACCUCAUGCUGGGCUGCUGGCAGAGGGAGCCGCACAUGAGACUCAACAUCAAGGAGAUCCACGGCCUGCUCCUCAACCUGGCCAAAGCCUCGCCCGUCUACCUGGACAUUCUGGGAUGAACGCAACGAGGAGUGAAGAAGAGCCGUACCGGAUGUGAAAACAACUUUUAAAGGCAAUCAAAAAAACAAAAAAAACAAAAAAAAGAAAAAUGAAAAACAAUCCCCUAAACACCACCUAUCCUUCCACUAUUUCCCAUUUCAUCUUUCCUGAAAAAAGAGGGAAAAAGCUCCUUUUGGAACGCUUUGCUGGACUUAACGGACUGACUCAGUUCGACAAGGAAUGCUUCUUGGCGCUUUUCCAUGUAAAUACGAGACUGGAUGAAGGUUUGCUGUUGUGUGUGUGAGGAUUUGGCUCCAUGUGAUAUGGAGCCGAAAUGACACGGUGUUACCACCUCCCCUCCAUUAAUCAACCAACCCACUAUACACGCAUGCACACACACGCACACACACACACACACGCGCGCGCAUACCAUCUCAUCAUUCAAUGUCAGCCCUCAAGAAAUGAAGAUUAGGGAUGGACAUUCGAAGAAAUUUGCUUGAUCCAACUUUGGAUUUAUUCAUUUAAAAAAUGCUCAAGUCAAUAUUUUCAAUUGUAUAUAUUUUUAGAUAUUUCAUUUGUAUGUGAUUAAUUUAUACCUUACGCACACGUGCUCAGCACGUCAACGUUCGCCCAACAAAGUGUGCUAAAAGAAAAAAGACUUUUGGGACAUUCAAACAAACUGGCAAGUAACUAUCAUGUAUUCAUUUUUUUAAUUUAAUGAUAUUACAAAUAUUUUAAUGUUACAGAUUGUUUAUACAUGUAUUUUUUUAUUUUAUUUUAUGUAUUUUUAUAUUUUUCUCUUUUUUUAUUAUUAAUGACGGUAGAAACUACCGAAGAAACAACACUGAAGGAUCUAUCCAAGAUAAAAAACCAUAUGCAAAAAUUCGGAAAGGCCGACCAGACAGGAAUAGCAAGCUGAGGCUCAGAGCUAAAGCACUUGCUUCGCACUCUCCUUAAUUAAGUACGAGCUCGUCAACUUCUGAAAGCAGUUGUGUCGCUAAAAUACAUUAAGGCAGUGCAAAAAUAGCGACGCGUUAUCGUCGCCGUCCCACGGAACCUCCCUCCGUUCAUUUCCUGCCAGCUUACGAUUUAGUUCUUGGUUUAUACUGUCUUUUGUUUUGUUUUUUUCAAGCUAAGAAAGCAUCCCACUUUUCUCCUGUUCCUGUUUCCGAAUUUCUACGGAAGCCCGUUAGGCAGGCUUGGAUAGAAUGAAUGGAUUUCUGAUUGCCAUCUUCGAUUGUUGAUCUUUUCAAAGCAUGACUGAACUGCUCGGCCUGCUAUGAUCAUUGCGUUGUUACACUUUUUUUAAAAGAGGGGAAUAUGAUGAACGGCCGAAAACCGACCCCCACCCGCAUUUAAAAAAAAAAAAAAGGAACAGAUGCUUCGCUUCUGCUGGUGUCGGGGGUCGAUUGAUUGACGCGGCAACGGCUGCGCCACGUUCACGGCUAAAGGGGUCGUUAAAGGGGUCGUUGUAGACGGGGGGGGCUUUAAGCUAGUUCUAAAAACAAAAUCUCGAAGGAACUGUCAUAAAAUAAAAAACAAAAGGCUUCUACUAUAUAAUAAGGACAAUAUAGGGAGUCCAGGCAGCAAAGCUUUUUUUCCCCCGUGGUUUCUAUUUCCGACACAAGUAGAAUGAGACACUUUAAUACAUGUUUUUUUUUGUUUUUUUAAAUAAUGCAACAAAUGUUGUCAACUUUAUAUAUUUACUUGAUAACAAAGCUUGCACACCCUCUCAGACGUGGGGAGAGACACGUGGCAGGUGCGGUUCUUCUGGUCAACUCAUAUUAAAUGCUCGGGCCUCUUAACAUUCAGACAUGCUUCAAAACUGUGUGUGUGCGUGUUACACAAACUGUUUACCUUAUCUUUACACACGCGCACACCCACAUUCGCUGGAAGACACUCACGCCGGUCCGAGUAGGAAAUUGAAUUGUGCAUGUUUUAUUAUUUGAGCGCUGCAGUCCUCUGUAAUGGUGUAAUGUAUAUUUCAUUACGGGGCCUAAUGGGCUCCAUUAGCGCGGGCCUCCUCGCAGACAUUCAAGACUUAUUGUUUUAUGGCGCAGAGGGGAAAGGGGAAAGGACGGCGGGGAGGGAUGAAGGGGAACGCGGUGGGGGGAAUGGAGAGAGGAGACGAGGGAGGAAAAGGUUGAAGGCAAGAUGGUGGAGUGGAGGAGUGAGGGUGGGGAUGUGAUUGCGCGAGCGACCUCGGGGAGUCCGUGAGCGUGAGCGGCCAUCAUUUCACGACACGCACACGCGAUACACCGGGAUUAGGCAAAGCAUUUUUUAUUUGUUUGGGGGAAACUGCUCAGAAUUGAUCUCCCCGCCCCCGCCGCCCCCCCCCCCCCCCCCCUCCAUCCAAAAAGUCCAAAAGGACAGGAGUGGAGAGCCAGACAGUGAUUGCUAAGAAAAAAGAAAGUUCUGUAACAUUGUAUUGUAUUUGCAAUUCAUUUAUCUGAUUAAAUAAUUGCUUAACUGACUCAUACAUUACUAAAUGUUGGUCAAAUAAACAAUUUUCUCUAUACAAUUACUAAUAUACAAUUGAUAUUAAUGAAUAAUCGAAAUUUAAAAUAAGUACAAAUUAUUAUUAAAAUAAACAAUUUUGUUUUGUUUUUUUUAAUUUAAAUGUACAUGUGCCCACCGCUGCUAUACACACACACACGCGCGCACACAAGUCACACUGUAAAUACAACAUGCAUUUUUUUUCCUCCAUUUUUGUUUUUUAUUCCUUAACUGUAAAGGGCAAAAACAAGCAUCAAAUCAUAGCCUCGUCCAUAUUGUGUCCAAAACCGUCAUGUAGUAGUAAUUAUAGUGAGGAUAAUAAUGAUAAUCUGAUGUGGAACUAGAGGUUCUCACUUCAUUUCACGACAACAGCAUUUGAUGGUUUUGAUGUUUGUGUACUUGACUUGAUGAAUUGUUUCACUGAGUUGACUUGUAGUCAUUUGGUUUAUAUACAUAUAUACAAACAAAUAUGUAUAUAUGCAUAUAAUAUAAUAAUAGAGACUAUUUCGAGGCAUUUCGUACUUUUUUUUUUUUUUUUUUUUUUUGUUUCUAUGGUUGCCUUUUGCAGACGUGGAAACUGAUGAAGACUUUCAAUGCUUUUCAACGUGUUCAAGUGUUAAAUAUAAGCCCCGGCCAAUCACAGCCUCUCUGGGCAAUGUUGAAGGCAGAAUGCAUGCUGGGUAAAAAACAUAAAAAUCACCCCCCCCCCUCCCCGCACACACAAAAAGAGAAGUCAGAUAGACUCCACUGCUUUGUUAUUUACAGUAUGCAAAGUGUAAAGGCCAGAUGUAGGUUUUUGGUUAUUUGUGUAUUCGUCAGCAACAUGUUGAUACUAAUCUGUGUGAAAAUAUGGAUGGAGGAAUUUCUUUUCUCUUUU